UGAGCGAGGUUAGGGAGAUGGCAAGCCCCAGUUGUUGUUGAUGGAUCACUCCCACUCAACUGAUCAUGCUCUAUCCGGCUACAGCCUUCUUUCAAACCGCUGCUACUUUUGUUCUCAAUUCAUUAGCAUGCUUUGAACUAAUAUCUGUGUGAUAAUUCUGAUCCAUUAUUUGAUAACUGCCAUUAAUAUCCUGCGGGUUACCGUUCAGCAGAAACUCAACCAGUGAUAUAAAUAAUGUAGCUAAUUGUAGGUUAGAAGCUACGAAUUCUCUGAAAGCAACAAAAGAAAAUAUUCCAUCAUUCAGGAUUGAUCUGAGUAUGCAACAGGACUGGUUACUAUAUGAUUCAUAGUUCCUAAUAGCAAUUGGCAAUGGAAAGGAAGCUAAAUUUCAUUGUCAGUGAAGAUACUUUUGAUGGAACGAAUGGGUGAAACUAACCAAGUAUGUUGCAAGACAUUUGCCAGACCUGAAAUGGGGAGAAAGUGAUACAUCUUCAUUACGGGGAUAUUCACUGAAAGCCACGCAAAAUUUGCGGCAGGGAAUCCAAAACGUCAUGUGGACAGUGACCCCAUAUAAUGCAAGGAAUAAGAUGGAAACUCAAUUCAUCAUUUGCCAUCAAAUAGCAUCAAUCUAACAUCAAACAUCCCAUGUUCUUCACAAAACCUGGUAAAUGGGAGAGUUGCGCAAUGUUUAAUUUGUUCUACUAUUCUGACAUAACGCAAGGUUUGGGAAAAUAAUUUUGUAUUGAGUGACUGACGUUUUAUACCAACACUGAAGUGAAUCGUAAGAUGGCCCAGAUUAUGAUAGACAGCAAAGAAAUAAAUAAAACUCCACUCUCCUGAAUCAGGAAGUGUCAGGGCCUGAUGACGAGUGUAGUUGGACAAAAUCCCUCGAACCGAAUUACAUUCUGUCAACUAGAUUUGACUUCAUUCUUAACUGAACCCAGGGCAGGGAUUUAUAUAAACCAAGAUGUUGUAACUAACUGGCUUCUCUCGAGCCGUGCUGGGACCUGGGCAAAUGAAACAUUACUCCAGUAGCUGUUUGCCGGGGUGGGGGGGGAAUGGAGUAGGAGAGUGUGUAAACCAGGAACGAAGGAAAGCCGCCGCAAGGUUUGAAGCUUCCACAGCAGCGAGAGGAGCGUUGCCACUUUAAGAGUCAGUCGAUGAGACUGAACUGUCAGCAGCUCUGUUCCGCUGGGGAACCAACACGCCACUCUAGAAGAUACACACUGAAGCAAAAGGAAGGCUUUUGCGCCAAAAAAAAAUACAAGAUACCUUUUGAAAUUCUAUGGACAGAAUCCUUGGGGAUGUGCCAGUACUUCCAGAUAGAGGAGCCAAUCGGUUUGAAAACCGCUGUACUGUUUUGGACCAUGUGCAGGCUCCUGUGACUAAGGGAGCCUCUAGUUAUAAUAGAGUGCGGCUUUCCAAUGUGGCACAUUGCACAAAACAAAUGCAUGAAAGUGGGAAUUUGACCAGUGAUACUGGUCUUCUGACAACUACACUAUACCUUUAACAUUAAGCAAGAACUGAGCUGCAAAUCUAUUAAAUUGCAUGAAGAAUAAAAUUAACCUGUAGAGGUUUACCAUUCUACUGAGAGUCUUUGUGUUUGGAGGACGGGUAUCAAAAUGCCUGUGGCUUCAGCUCACUCGGAUACAGCUAUGCAGCAGGUCCUGGACAACUUGAAUGACUUACCAAACUCUACUGGAGCCAAGGAUUUAGAUUUACUCUUCCUGAGAGGAAUCAUGGAAAGCCCAAUUGUACGAUCACUAGCUAAGGCCCAUGAAAAAUUAGAAGACACAAAGCUGGAGGCUGUACGUGAUAAUAACCUGGAGUUAGUGAAGGAGAUCAUUGAUGAUAUCAACCCAAUUGCAAAGGAGAACGAUUCUGCAGCUGAACUCACUCGUAUUCUCCAGGAACCACAUUUUCAGUCCCUGUUGGAAGCUCAUGAUACAGUUGCCUCCAAGAACUACGAAACUCCACCCCCAAGUCCAGAGUCUCUAAUGGACUCUACGUUCAACAAUCAGCCUGUUCCACCAGAUGCUGUCCGAAUGGUGGGGAUUCGCAAGGUUAAGGGUGAACAUUUGGGUGUAACAUUCAGGGUUGAAAAUAGUGAGCUUGUGAUUGCUCGCAUUCUCCAUGGAGGCAUGAUCGACCAGCAGGGUUUGCUUCAUGUGGGCGACAUUAUCAAAGAGGUGAAUGGGAAAGAGGUUGGAAACGAUCCAAAAGUCCUGCAGGAAAUGCUGCAAAACGCCAGUGGCAGUGUCAUCUUGAAGAUCCUGCCCAGCUAUCAGGAACCCCAUCCUCCACGACAGGUAUUUGUGAAGUGCCAUUUUGAGUAUGAGCCUACCAAUGAUAACCUGAUUCCAUGUAAAGAAGCUGGCUUGAAGUUUACUUGUGGUGAUAUUCUGCAGAUUGUGAAUCAAGAAGACCUCAACUGGUGGCAGGCCUGUCAUGUGAAAGAGGGAGGGAGUGCAGGCCUUAUUCCCAGUCAGCUGUUGGAGGAGAAGAGGAAAGCAUUUGUGAAGCGAGACUGGGAUUUCUCCAGUUCUUCCGGUGCACUUUGUGGGAGCAUGGGCGGAAAAAGAAAGAAGAAAAUGAUGUAUCUCACCACCAAAAAUGCAGAAUUUGAUCGUCAUGAACUUCUAAUCUAUGAGGAAGUAGCAAAGAUGCCACCAUUUCAAAGGAAAACCCUGGUCCUUAUAGGAGCACAGGGUGUUGGGAGACGAAGCUUAAAAAACAGACUCAUAAUGUCUGACCCAAUGCGUUUUGGAACGACAAUUCCUUUCACCUCACGAAAGCCAAAGGAGGAUGAGAAUGAUGGUCAUAUUUACGCUUUUGUGUCCCGUUCUGAAAUGGAAAAUGACAUCAAAGGUGGGCGGUACCUGGAGCAUGGUGAAUAUGAAGGAAACCUUUAUGGGACAAAGAUCGAUUCCAUCCAUGAGGUAGUUGAAUGUGGAAAAAUAUGCAUCUUGGAUGCAAACCCACAGGCACUGAAGGUUCUGAGGACAUCUGAGUUCAUGCCUUAUGUGGUAUUCAUUGAAGCUCCAGAUUUGGACACACUACGGGCAAUGCACAGGGCAGCUAUUGAUGCAGGAGUUACAACAAAACAACUAACCGACACUGAUCUGAAGAAAACAGUGGAUGAGAGCUCUCGUAUCCAGCGAGCAUACAGCCACUACUUUGAUCACACCAUUAUGAAUGACAACCUUGACAAGGCCUUCCAAAAACUUCAGGCUGCUAUGGAGAAACUCUGCACAGAGCCCCAGUGGGUACCAGUGAGCUGGGUCUACUAACACUUUUCAAAGGGUGGAAGGAUAUGGUUUACACAGAGCACCAUUAAUUUUACAGAAGAAGUCCUUUAGAAUCUAAGAAACCUCCAUUUGGACUGAUUAUAUUUGGGGCACCAGUUCAUGGUGACGGCAGUUAAAUUAUGCAAAUCAGCAAUGGGGGAUAACUAAAAAGUUUUUUUUAUGAAAGGAUGGAAAUGCUCCAGCUACCAUUACUUUUUAUUUUUAUGAGCAAUACAGGGAUCAGGCAAAUGUAAGCUUUUUCAGCAGUUUAGUCCAAAGGUCAUUGUCAAAUUUUGCUAGAUCCUAUAAGCCCUUUAGUUAUCAAAUAAAACGACUAGGGAACCAAGAUUUCACUUAUUCAUUGUUGGAUUUCACCAGGGAAGUGAACAAUUUAUUCCUUCUUAAGGAAAUUAAUAUGGGCACAUUUGAGUUGAAAUUCAAAACAGUCAUUCUCACUUAGGUUUCUGUUUGCAUUUACAUUCUUAUAAAGAACUUCACAAUG